CAUCCUUAACCAAAACGACAUACGCUUCAGCGGCUCGUUUCUUUCGUUCAUUGGCUAGGUUGUGUUGACAUCAUUUUUCCGCGAUGUCCAUUUUUGUCGUAAUGAAAAUGGUGGAGCAAUAAUAAACGCAUUGAACACUUCUAAGGACUGAGCAUGGCAGACAAAAAAGGGAAACCUGUCAGUGUCAAAAGAAGUUUAACAAAGAAAGAACAAGAAGAUCACAAGAAAAAGGAACAAGAAAAAGCAGCUGAAGUUUUUGAGGAAUUCCUAGCAUCUUUUGACACUAAUGACAAGAGUGGGGUGAAAACCUUUGUUCGUGGAGGAAUCGUGAAUGCUACUAAAGAAGAGGAAGCAGCAGAGGUGAAGAAGAACAAGCUUUACAGACCGUCCACCAAGUUUGUGCCACAGAAUGUCUCACCUGUGCAAUCCGAUUUCCGAAGGCCUAAUACUAAAAAGAAGACAGAGGAGAAGAAAAAGAGCAACCUUGAACUUUUUAAAGAAGAACUUAAACAAAUACAAGAAGAGCGUGAAGAAAGGUACAAACGAAAGAAAAAUGAACCCGGAGGUGGAUAUGGAGAUGUGGAACUACCAUUAUCCCGUCGAUCAAUAUUUGAUGAUGACCCAGCAGUGCCAAACACAACCAACCUUUACAUUGGCUGCAUUAAUCCAAAGAUGAAUGAGGAGAUGCUCUGCAAAGAGUUUGGCAAGUACGGCCCGCUGGCGAGCGUGAAGAUCAUGUGGCCUCGCACGGACGAGGAGCGCACCAGAGUCACCAACAGAGGCUUCGUGGCCUUCAUGACCAGGAAAGACGCUGAGCGAGCUCUGGCUGCACUCGACGGUAAAACAGUUAUGGGUUUCGAAAUGAAACUGGGAUGGGGGAAAGCGGUUCGGAUCCCUCCCCAGCCUCUCUACACGCCCAUAGGGGUUCUCAAAAUGGCCACUCCUCCACCCCCUUCUGGUCUGCCCUUUAAUGCUCAGCCACGAGAUCGCUUCCGUAACGACUUCACCAAGCCCUGGGGCAGGUCAAAGGAGGAGUUUGACAAGACUCUGUCCGAAGCCGUAGUCAAAGUGGUUAUCCCAACAGAAAGGAAUCUGUUGGGCCUCAUUCACCGGAUGAUAGAGUUUGUGGUGCGUGAGGGGCCAAUGUUUGAAGCCAUUAUCAUGAGCAAAGAGAAGAACAGCCCAGACUUCCGCUUCCUGUUUGACAACAAGAGCCAAGAUCACGUGUACUACCGCUGGAAACUGUACUCCAUUCUCCAGGGCGAGUCCCCCAGCGAGUGGAGGACCACGGACUUCCGAAUGUUCCGGGGGGGCUCCAUCUGGAGGCCCCCCCUGCUGAACCCCUAUCUCCACGGAGACGAGGAGGGGGCGGAGGAGGACGAGGCCGCGUCCCAGGAAGAGGAGGAGCUGAAGAAGGGGCAGCUGAAGGCUGAACAUAGAGAGAGGCUGGAGACCCUGCUGAGGGGACUCAGUCCUCGGAGGGAUGAGGUUGGCGACGCAAUGCUGUUCUGCCUGGAGAGGGCAGAGGCUGCAGAGGAGGUGGUGGGCUGUAUCGCUGAAUCACUCUCUCUUCUCCAAACGCCCUUGCAGAAGAAGAUUGCCAGAUUAUAUCUGGUGUCAGACAUCUUAUACAACUCCUGUGCCAAGGUUUCCAAUGCCUCCUAUUAUCGCAAAUUCUUUGAGACAAAGUUGCCACAGAUAUUUGGGGACAUUAGUGAAGCCUACAGGAACAUCCAAGCCAGACUGCAAGCUGAACAGUUCAAGCAAAAGAUAAUGUGCUGCUUCAGGGCCUGGGAAGACUGGGCCAUCUACCCCGAGUCCUACCUGAUCCAGCUGCAGAACAUCUUCCUGGGUCUGGUGAAAGCCGGAGAGGAGGUGAUCGUCCGACCAGAGGUGGAGUCCCCUGACCUGGACGGAGCUCCGUUGGACGGGCUGGCGCUAGACGGAGCCCCCCUGGACGGAGCCCCCCUGGAUGACCUGGACGGCUGCCCCCUGGGCUGGGACCCCUCCUCCCUGGACGGGGUUCCUGUGGACGACAUAGACGGGGUGCCCCUGGGGGUCCCCAUAGAUGACAUUGAUGGAAUGCCUCUGGACGACAGCAGAAACGCCCUUCACUCCAAGGUGGCUCUUUCUAAGUGGGAGAGGGUGGAUGAUGCUGAGGCUCUGCCCCUAGCCAAGACUGAAUCGAAAUGGGACACCGUGGGCGAGCGAGACUCUGGGGAUGAAAGGAAUGCAAGUGGUAACACCAAGGAUGGGGACAGGGAUUCGGAGGAGGACAGCAGCGACGACUCGUCCAGUCCAUCCAAGUACGACAGCGUCGACUUCAAGAGCUCGCUGAGCAGCUUCCAGAUGUCCGAGAGCAAGAGGAGCCGACUGCGGGAGCUGGAGGUGAAGGUUAUGAAGUUCCAAGAUGAGCUGGAGUCAGGGAAGAGACCCAAGAAGUCUGGCAACUUGCAACAACAGGUGGCCACGUACAGGAACAAGCUGCUGCAGAAGGAGUUCGACAAGGACGACCAGGAGAAGAAAGAAAGGUCGGCACAGAAGUCUAAAGAACGCUCCAAGAAGGAGGAGCGGAGGGACAAGGUGGAGGAGAGCGGGAAAGGACGAGACAGAGAGACACGCCGAAGAAGUCAAGACCGGGACAGAAGCAGGGGGCGGAGUAAAGACUCGGAGGAGAGGACCCAGAAGUACAGAGGCGACUCCCCCUCCAAAACAAAGUCCAAGUCGCCCAAAAGGUCAAAGAGGUCACGGUCGCCCUCGCCUGCCAGGAAGGUGUGGCGGUCGAGUUCCCGCUCGCCACACCGCUCCCACAAAAAGACGAAGAAGAGCAAACACUGAUCCUCAGCCUUGGACCUCACACACCCUCCCCCUCCUGCCCACCUCUAGCUCUGAGGCAGCCAGGCAACACCAUGGACUGGCCCUUCACUGAGGCAGAGCCACAUGCUUCUCUCCCACAAUACCUUUGGACUGGCUCUCCAGACCGACUGACAGCUGUUUGUUCUCCCUCCUGUACCCAUUUCCUGACUGGUCCAGUCAAGAGUUGGCACAUUUUUGUAUGAUGAAGUUUGAACAUUAUUUGUACAGUUUUGUUUUAUUGCUUGUUUGUAAACUCCAUUCAGUCAGUUUAUUGCUACCAGUCCCUGAGAUUUCACGAUAAAUCCCUCUUGGUGAUGUCUGUGUUGUCCAGAUUCCUGUUUGGUAAUUGGAAAGUCUAAUAAAUGAAAGAUCUACACUCCUGA